AUGUCGUUACUCGCUCUCCCUCCCGAGAUCCGCGUCCAGAUAUGGUCGUACAUCGUCCGGCCGACAGUCAUCCAUCCAUGCACAUGCGCCGAUAAGGCGCUGCAGUGUCAUCAAGCCAACCACAACCACAACCACAACCACGUCGAGGACGAGGACGAGAACUGCUGUCAGAGCACCGCCUUGCCCUACACCUACAACUACUGCGACAACCAAUUGCUGCGCGUCAACCGCCUCAUCUUCAACGAAGCCCAACCACUCUUCGACAAGACGGAGAAGGAAAGGAUUUAUGUGCUUUGCAACAACCUAUGCUUAGGCAACUUUGCCAAGAGCCUCACCGAGGGUGAGUGGAAAUCGGUCCGACAUCUUCGAGUCGACUUGUUCGUCGGCUGGGGGAACGACUGUCGAGACGAUUGGUUCCUGGGCCAAAGUCACAGGUGGGCCAAACGAUAUGUUGCUGGAGCACUCAGCAAGUACGAAGACCAGGGGAGGCAAAUAGUCGUCGUGCCGGCCGAAGAAGUCAAGGAGGACUUCAACGGCAGGAGGACGCUGACGGUUGAUAUUCAUUUCUCAUGA